UACAAUUCUUAUUUCGCGCAUCCUGAAAAUUUGCUUUUGUCUAUGCUCACAGAUGAAAAUCUUAAUGUACGUAAGAUCGGGUUGCAAAGAAUUUUAAAAGCCAGAGAGAAGACUCCUACUGCGGAGACUUCGGUGCGCUCGUUCCUUUUGCCAAAACUAAACUUUAAUGCCACUAAGUACUAUGAAAUGAUCGACUGGUCUUCUACAGCAGUAUCACCUCCUCCAGUACUUAGGAAUGUGUCAAAUGCAGUUUUGGUAUCUUCCAUUGAUAACCAACUAUCAAUCGGUCAAAGCAACUUGCUAAGCUUUCCAUGCCACACUCAAGCAGUACAGCGAACUGUUAAGCUUGUUACUGAAGCGUCGAAGAAGUUUGCCUAAAUUUGAGAACAAGUCCCAGUAUACAACAGACAAAUAAAACAAAAUC